AUGAGAUAUGUCAGAUAUUUGUUGCAACUGCUGUGUGAAACAAGCGUUGCCGUGCAGGCCGACACACACACGGACGUGCUUGAGUUUGUCUGCUUUUCUGGAGCAGGAGCAGAUCUGGCAGCGCGCAAGGGCGCGCUCGGUUCUAUUGGCACACCAGCGCCAUGGCUUCCGGAGGAUGAGGAGCCCAAGCUCAAGUUUGUGACUCUGACAAGGGCUCACGACCCAACGGCUUUGGUUCCAAGCAGAAAGGGCCCCGCCGACUUGGACAGCGUUCAUAAGAUCCUUCAAAACUGUGUUGCUACCUGCAUGGCUGUGACGGAAAAGUUUCUGGUCCUGGGCACGGACCUGGGUACGCUCCACGUCCUCGACUCGGACAACGGCGUGGAGAUCAACCGCUUUGAACAGCAUUCGGAACGCAUCACCUCCAUCUCCAUCGACAUUGAGGGCGAGUUUGUGGCAUCGGCUGCAGAUGAUGGCAAGGUUGUGAUUCGUAACCUCUACGAUGACCAUCAAGUGUCCACUUUUGCUUUUGACCGCCCUGUCAAAUCAGUGGCCAUUGACCCCGAAUACAAGCGACACAAAAAGAACGUGUUUGUGACGGGAGGUCUCGCCGGUCAACUCGUCUACCAUGAGGAGAAAACUCUUCGCCUCUUUGGCCGCUCUACCACCGAGAAAGUGCUACACAUGGGCGAGGGCCCGAUUCGCGCCAUCAAGUGGCGCUCCCGCUUCAUUGCCUGGAGCAAUGACGUGGGUGUCAAGGUUUAUGACACUGAGAACAACUGUCGCAUCUCCUAUGUGGAUCGUCCCGCCAACAGUCCUCGCCCAGACAUGUACCGCUGCAACCUCAGCUUCAAGGACGAUUACACCCUCAUUAUCGGCUGGGCAGACUACGUCACGAUUGGCAAGAUCAUGCCGACCAACAAACCCAUCACAGCGGCCAGCGUACUGCCUGUUGCACAGCGCCAGCCGGACAAGCCAGCCUACUACAUGCAGUUGCUGACGCGCAUCCAGACCGAUUACUGGAUUGCUGGCGUUGCCCCAUAUGGCGAGGACCUGAUUUUGCUGGCAUACUUGGACAAGGAAGAAGACGUGAACGGUCGAACGGUCGUGCAGGGAGACGAGCCCGAAAUUCGCAUCAUGAGUGUUGGUGCCGAGGAGAUUAGUGACGAAUGUCUACCCAUGGACGGGCACGAAAUGUAUCGGUCAACGGACUAUUGGCUUGAGGGCAUCAUUGAAGAGCAACAGUACUACAUCGUCAGUCCAAAGGACAUUAUCGUAGCCAAGCAACGUACCUGGGAUGAUCACAUUGACUGGCAAAUUGGGUUGGGCAACUUUGACGAGGCCUUCCGCAUGGCCAAGGAGCAUGCUCGACUUUUGAGUCGGCACAGCCCUUCGAGCGUGGGCCUCAAGCAUCUCUUACCUUACCUCUUCGAUACCGUGAAGGACUAUGCCAAGGCGGCCAGCAUUGCGGCCGAGCUGUAUGGCCACGACGUGAAGCUCUGGGAGGAUGGCAUCGAGACCUUUUUGCGCAAGCAGGCACUCUCACACCUUGUCUUCUUGAUUCCGACCGACGCCCCGCGACUGAGCCAGACGGCCUAUGAGCGCACCCUGGCCGAGCUGCUCGAGCAAGAUCCCGAAGCCUUUUGCAAGAUUCUGGGCACUUGGGACGCUGCGCUGUAUGACAACAAGAAGAUGCUGCAGAAGCUCGAGGCGCAGUGCGCCAUUGAUCAGUCAUCUGUGCCCCUGGCCAAGGCCCUGGCCGCCAUCUAUGUGACCGCAAAGCGGUUCAAGGACGCUCUCACCAUCUACUUCCGGCUGCGCCAAAAAGAGGCUUUUGACAUUAUCAAUCGGUUCUCUCUCUAUACCAGCGUCAAGGGCAACCUGGUGGCACUGAUGGAAAUGGACGAGAAGCAAACACUCGAGCUGCUCAUCGAGCACCGCGAGGAGAUUACGCUUGAGGCCAUCGUGGGUGAGCUGCAGCAAUACCCCAAGCUACAGCUGACUUUUCUCGAGCGCUACAUGGCCGUGGAUAAGGAUGCCGCUGGACGCUUUGGCAAGCGCUAUGUCGAACUCACAGCCAUGCACGCCCCCGAAAAGCUCAUGCGCGUGCUUCAGACAAGCCCCGGCGUGCCGUGGAAGGAAGCGACGGAAAUUUGUCGCCAGGGCCAACACUGGCGUGAAUACGCCGUGUGCUUGAAUAAAUGUGGCAAGAGCAAGGAUGCCAUCGAGGUUUUGGUGUCCCAGCUGGGCGCCAUUCAGGAUGCCAUUGAGAUGGUCGUGCAAGAUCGGGAUGAUUCGCAAUGGGACCUGCUCAUUGAUUUGGUGCUGGCCAGCAAGAAGCCCAAACUGGUGAAGCAGCUGAUUGAUGAAGCCGGCGCGCAUAUUGACCCCUCACGAAUCCUCACGCGCACGGAGCUGCGCAACAUGAAGAUUCCAGACCUCAAAAACUCGCUUGUGCGCAUUUUGGAAGCCUAUAAUCUGCAAAUCGAGCUGCUUCGAGGAUGUUGCGAUAUCUUUCAAACGGAUUGCAUGAACCUGUUGCUCAAGUUGAACAAACUUCAAAAGGCCGCUCAAAUUAUUCGACCCGAAGAGAUGGAGUGCAGCCAGUGCUCCAAGAAAGUUUCGGCCAUGGCGGGGCGUCCUGAUGAGCGCGUCUUUAUUUUCAAUUGUCAACACGUGUACUGCUCACCCUGCCUUGAGCAGCGCAUGCAAGAUCAGAACUCACGACAAUCGCGCAGCGAAGCGUCUGAAGACUACCAAAACUAUUGCCCACUGUGUCGCCGCAGCCAGCUCGAGACGACCAAGGGUCGCGGUCGGGCUUCUCGCCGAAGAUGA